AUGCAUCUUGGCCAGUCCCUUCACGACCAAGCCGUGCUGGACCUGCACCCUGCACCUGGGGCUGGGGCUGAAGCUGGCCCUUCCGAUUUAUCGGCAAAGAGACCGGGCAGUGAUGUCAUUGACGCUGAUUUACAGACAGAAAGUGAGAAAGAGCAACAAACUGUUAUUCGUGGAAACGUUGAAGCUUUCUUGUCCAAAAUUAACAAGUCUGUUUCUUCAGGAAACAUUACUCAUCCCACUUCCAAUUCAGAAGUGUUCUCAACUGCUGCCCAUCGGCAAACCAGUUUGAAGAUUAAUGUGAGAGUUUGUUGGGGACAUUUAAUCUCUUGGCAGCUUCAGUCUAGAUGGUCCAGAGUGGUUUCUCAAAUUGAAGUCAAAUUUGACAUUGAUGCCAAUGGUAUUCUCUCUGUCACCGCUGUUGACAGCGGUACAGGGAAGAAGCAAGACAUCACGAUUACAGGUGCUAGCAUCUUGCUCAGUGAUGAGCAAAUGAAAUUUCAGAAAAGGUGGAAUUAUCAGGCAGAUUCGGUUGUCUACCAGACAGAGAAGCAACUAAAGGAGCUUGGAGCCCUGUCAAAGAGAAAGUUGAGGAAAAAUUACAAGGGCUAA